AUGUCCGUACCACAGUACGUCGCCAAGGAGGCUUUAGUCCGCGACCUGAGAGACUUCAUCAGUCGCGACGCAGACCGUACCAAGCGCUUCAACGAUGCCAUCGCAACCGCUGUGGCCGGUAGCGCAGGUGCCCAUGACGAAAUGGCCAAUGAAGGCAUCAAGACCUUAGACUACCUCCGCUUCUGCGACGACCUUCUCCAAUGGGUUCCCAAGGUCAGCAGCAAGGGCGACGAGCUCCUGCAGAAGAUCCUCGUCUUCUACUGGGUCUUCGACCAGCCCGCACUCCGGGGUCUCCAAACGGAAAUCCAGCCACAGAACUCCAACACCGAUCUCAGCUGGCUUUCCUACUGGCUUGUAACAUUCGCGCGCCAACAGGGCUUAUUCCUGAGCACGCCGCAGUCCGCUGCCUCCGUGUACUCGUUCUAUAGAAACGAGAAGUAUAACCAGGAGGCCGAUCUCUGGGUGGAACCCAAGUCCGGGUGGGUGUCGUUCAAUCACUGGUUUGCUCGCGAGUGGAAAGAUAUCGACUCGGCUCGUCCGCUCGCGGGGCCAAAUGACGACAAGGUCAUUGUCAGUGUAGCCGACUCCAAGUUCAACGGUGAUUGGGAUAUCGUAGAUGGUAACGUUACCAUCAGCGGCAUCGAUGCUAAGGGGGUAGAAUGGCCGAUCGACAAACUAUUGCAAACCACGACGAUCGAUUACCACAACGGGACGUUCAUGCAUGCUUUCCUGGGCCCUACCGACUACCACCGCCAGCACGCGCCUGUGAGUGGUGAGAUCAUUGAGGUCAAGAAUAUCCAGGACCAGGUCUACCUCCAGGUUGCUACCAAGAAUGGUGGUCACUUGUCCGGCGACCGAAGACUGAUCCGGAACCCGCAUAUGAUCACAAGACGCAGGGAAAGGCUCCUGAGUGGCGGUCAUGGCUAUUACAAUCUGGAUGCUCCGGACAACGCCGGUUAUCAAUGGUGUCAGACCCGUGGGCUCAUCGUCAUUCAGACGAAAGACUAUGGUAAGGUGGCGGUGUUGCCCAUUGGCAUGGCUCAGGUAUCAUCCGUUGUGAUGACCGUGAAGAAAGGCGACCAUGUCAAGAAGGGCGACAACAUCUCGUACUUCCAAUUUGGGGGCUCGGACGUGGUUGUCGUCUUCGAGAAGAAGGUCACUUUCAAGUCCGGUCUGAAGCCGGGUGAGACAAAAUUGAACGUGCGGUCGGAAUUGGCGAGGUUUCAGUGA